CGACAUUUCACAUUAUUCCAUUAAUAACAGAAAAAAAAAAAGCAGAGCAGAGAAAAUGGGAAACAGCAUUGCUGCAAGGAGAAAGAAAGCGAAAGUAAUGAAAAUCGACGGCGAGAUUUUCCGAAUUAAAACUCCGGCGACGGCGAGAGAAAUCACGGCGGAUUAUCCCGGUUACGUCCUGUUAGAUUCCGAAGCUGUAAAACACUUCGGAGUUCGCGCCAAACCGCUUGAGCCGAGCCAGAUCUUAAAACCUAAGAAGACGUAUUUUCUCGUCGAGCUUCCUAAGCUUCCGCCGGAGAAUCCACCGGAAACUAAUAAUAAGCUUCCGUACCGGCGAGUUAUGUCCGGAAUCCACGUCGGUGCGAAGGAGCGGUUAGAAAUGCUGAUGCUUUCUCGGAGAACGGUUUCCGAUGUUGCGAUCGCUAGAUCUGACGGCGGCGGAGAUGGGCCUGGGCUUGGUCUUGAGCCUAGUCAGACGAGCGUGAGGCUGAGGUUGCCUCGAUCUCAGAUCACGAAGUUUAUGGAGGAGAGCCAUGACACUUCGGAGAUCGCCGAGAAGAUUUUAAGUCUGUAUAGAGAGAGUUCCGGCGAUAUUGGCGGCGGUGAAGGUCGUCGGAAACUUAGAACCGGGGGUGUUAAGGCGCGUGAGAAGCAGGUGAGUUUCGCUGGAGAAGGUGGACAUGAGCUUCCUGUUCUAUAGAGCAGAAAGGGAAAAUAACCAUCACUUAGAUAACAAAUUUUCUCUUUUUUUCCUGUUUAUUUAUUUUCUUAUAUAAAUAGACUAUGGUAUGACUCAUAUCUUAUGUGUAUUUACUGUAUAUUAUAUAGCAACUAGAAUUCAAUUAGAGCUUGUUUAUUCGUGUGUGUCAACAAACUUUUCCCUUCUUUCCCUUAUAAUCGGGAUAGAUCAUGAAUUGAAAAUCCGA